AUGGCGUCUUACGAUUUUAGCACCGAUAUUUUAUUUGAAAUCCUCUCAAGGGCUGAUUUGAAAACAAUGAAAAAGUGUAGGGUUCUUUCGAAAGAAUGCAAGGAUCUCACUGACGAAUCUAAUUUUAUGCGGCUACAUUCUCAAAGGACAUCAACAAUGGUGGGAUAUUUAGUUCAAUCUUCCAGACUAUUUGGUCAAUUGACUUCGGACUUGGUGUCAGGACUCGAGCCAAAACCAACUCAGGAUUUACUUAAUUUUUUACCCCAACCUGGUUGGAUUGUAGCAACGGUCAAUGGAGGUUUGGUUUUAUGCACCCCGGGAAAACGUAGAGAUGACCCGUUUUAUAUUUGUAAACCAACGACUCAACAGUGGGAAGUUGUUCCGUCUCCAAAUCCUCGAUUUUGGACGGCAAAGAUAAGCAUGUUGGUGCUCGGAUCGAACCCUUUAUGGUUCAAGAUUGUCCGACUCUCCGACAGCCGCGACGACACUAUAGACCUCGAGUUGGACCUCGAUUCAGAAUAUUCCAACGAAGAAGAUAAUUUCAAUGUAUUUUCCAAUGAAAAAUCAUGGCACUGCGAGAUAUUUGAGUCCAAGAGUUGGGAAUGGAGACAAUCAGACGAUUUAAAAUUAACACACAACGACUAUUUCGAGUGCAAUCAAGAUGUUUCUGCGUGCGGCGCCCUCCAUUGGCUUGUGUUCAACGACAAACAAGACAAGUACACCAUGUUAUCUUUCGACGGAGACAAAGAGGAAUGGGCAAUGACUUCACUGCCGGACUCACUUCGUGGAAAUGAUCAUUGUGAUCAGAUCGCCCCUGUGUCAUGCGAAGGGAAACUCGGGUUGAUCCAUCUUAGACAAGAAACUAAGAUGCUAGAUGUUUGGAUUUUAAACUAUGAAAAGAUUUGGAUUAAAAAACACACCAUAAAUUUGAAAAGCUUACACGAAAAGGUUCCCCUGCCUCGUUCUCGAAUUCAUUCCUUCUACGGUGUUGACACUCUGUUUAUGGUGGAUGUCGGGUCGGUGUCUUUUUAUAAUUUCAGGACUCGUAAGUUGAACAGGAUAAGGGUUGGUGGAUGGAUUAAGUCGGCAUACUUUAUUCAAACAGAUUCUGAACCUAUUCAGCUAAAGCCCCAGUAA